AUGAGCUCUUCUAACAACAGCUGUUGUCAUAAUAGCCAAUCAACUGGCCUUACUCAAAGAACUCCGCAGCGCCCGGGCUGCGGACCCACCCCGUGCCUUUAUCGCACCCCUAACUACCUGAUAAGACCCUACCACUUCCAUCCCUGUCUGGAAGACUGCAGCUGGUGUGGAGAAGGCAUUAACAGUCAUGAGAAAGAGACCAUGCAGACUCUGAAUGAACGCCUUGCUAGCUACCUGGAAAAGGUGCGAAUGCUGGAAGGGGAGAACUCGGAACUAGAAAAUAAAAUCCAGGAGGAGCGCAGCAAGGCACUGCCUGUCCUGUGCCCCGACUACCUGUCCUACUACACCACCAUUGAGGAGCUGCAGCAGAAGAUCUUGUGUACCAAGGCUGAGAAUUCCAGACUGGUCUCACAAAUUGACAACACCAAACUGGCUGCAGAUGACUUAAGAGCCAACUAUGAAGCUGAGUUAUCUCUACGCCAGCUAGUGGAAGCCGAUGCCAAUGGCCUGAAGCAGAUUUUGGAUGUGCUGACUCUGAGCAAGGCUGACCUGGAGGCACGAGUCCAGUCUCUGACAGAGGAACUUCUGUGCCUCAAAACCAACCAUGAAGAGGAAAUCAGUUCCUUACAGUGCCAACUUGGAGACAGAAUCAACAUUGAAGUAACAGCUGCCCCUUCCAUUGAUCUCAAUCAAAUUCUACAAGAAAUGAGAUGUCAGUACGAGUCCAUUAUGGAGACAAACCGUAAAGACAUAGAACAAUGGUUCAAUACACAGAUGGAGGAACUGAAUCACCAAGUAGUGACCAGCUCUCAACAACAACAAUGCUGCCAGAAGGACAUCAUUGAACUGAGACGUACCAUGAGCUCCCUUGAGGUUGAACUGCAGGCCCAGCACCGAAUGAGAGAUUCCCAGGAAUGUAUUCUGACAGAGACAGAGGCCCGCUACGCAACCCUGCUGGCCCAGAUCCAGGGUCUGAUCCAUAACCUGGAGGCUCAGGUGGCAGACAUCCGGAGUGCCCUGGAAAGACAGAACCAGGAAUAUGAAGUUCUGCUGGACACCAAGUCCCAGCUGGAGUGUGAGAUCACCACCUACCGCAACCUUCUGGAGAGCUUGGAUGGCAGGCUUCCCUGUAACCCAUGUGCCACCAAAUGUGAGCCGUCCUUUCAGGCCAGAGCUGUGGAGUGUUUUACCCCAGUUUAUACAUCUUCAUCAUUCCCUGGGACUCACAAGCCCUGCAGUGCCUCUGGACCCCCAUCCCGGAUACUGGUUAAGAUAUGCACCAUCACCAAGGAGAUCAAGGAUGGGAAAGUCAUUUCUUCUCACGAGCAUGUGCAGCCUUGUUACAUCACCAGACUCACCAAGGUCUAGCAUCCCAAGAUUCCUUCUUUGGAUGUAGCAUGAAGCCAACACAGGAACAGAAUAAAUAAGGAAGACCCAGACGUCUAGUUUCCAGGAAUGAAACAAUGACAACCCUGGAUCCCGCUGACCUUUGCCACCUCAACCAUUGUUUAUCUGUACUAGUAUAUACCCCCUUCACCAUAAAAAUAACUUCGGGGGUGCUGGGGUUUUCCUGCAAGUUCUGUGCUCUUCCCCCACCCUUAGUUUCAUGUUUUAUUUUUAGGCUGGGUCUUGCUAAAUUGCCAACAUCGACCUUGAACUCACUCUGUAUCCCAGGUGGGACUUCAACUUGUCAUUGCCCUGCCUCAGUCUCCUGAAUAUUAUGGAGGAUAUACUACACCCUCACAUGUGGUGCAUAUCCAUCUUCUCUGAAAUUUGAGGCACAAUGAGGCUCUUCUCCAAGUACCUUUAAGAAUCAUGACUAGCUGUGUGGGAUGACUCUAGAGCUUUCUUUGGAGUCAUUUUGAAACAAUAGCCUAGGUCCUUUCAUUAAAUGUUGGCUAUUUAUCUUUCUA